CUUCCAUGAGGCGCUCGCCAUCUACCCACCCUGCGGACGACGCAAGAUCAUCCUUUCCGACGAGGGCAAGAUGUAUGGUCGAAAUGAAUUGAUAGCCAGAUAUAUCAAGCUACGUACAGGUAAAACACGAACCAGAAAACAGGUAUCGAGCCACAUCCAAGUGCUUGCCCGGCGAAAGGCACGAGAGAUCCAAGUGAAGCUGAAGUUAUGGCAUGCAGCUCUACAAGGCCAACCUGCGGCCUCCCAUGAUAUGAAACCUUUCUCACAACAGACCUACAACAUUCAACCACCUGUCGCAUCUUCAGUCACAGGCUAUGAGACUCCAGUGGGACUCGCCACCUCCCCCUCAGCCCCUCCCUGGCAGGGCCGCAGCAUUGCCAGCUCCAAGUUCCGAAUGCUGGAAUUCUCAGCCUUCCUGGAGCAGCAGAGGGAUCCUGAUACAUAUAACAAGCAUCUGUUUGUCCACAUCGGUCAGUCAAACCCCACGUUCAGCGACCCCUACCUGGAGGCAGUGGACAUUGGGCAGAUUUAUGAUAAGUUUCCAGAGAAGAAGGGAGGCUUGAAAGACCUUUUUGUGAAAGGACCAGUCAAUGCAUUCUUCCUCGUCAAAUUUUGGGCGGAUCUGAACACGAACAUGCAGGAUGACAGCGGCUCUUUCUAUGGGGUCUCCAGUCAGUAUGACAGCUCAGAGAACAUGAUCAUCACCUGCUCCACCAAAGUCUGCUCCUUCGGCAAGCAGGUGGUGGAGAAAGUGGAGACGGAGUAUGCUCGGUUUGAGAACGGGCACUAUGUGUUUCGAAUUCACCGCUCCCCUCUGUGUGAAUACAUGAUCAACUUCAUCCACAAACUCAAGCACCUCCCAGAGAAAUACAUGAUGAACAGCGUCUUGGAGAAUUUUACUAUUCUGCAGGUGGUAACAAACCGAGACACACAAGAGACACUGCUGUGCAUUGCCUAUGUUUUUGAGGUGUCCACCAGCGAACAUGGUGCCCAGCACCACAUCUAUAGACUGGUCAAGGACUAGGAGAUUGGGAGAUAAGACUGACCCCCAUCCAACUACUUCUACUACUGCUGCAACAAACACAACCGACGGUCAAGAGUGAAUGUGUGUUUUUGGUGCCUAAACUUUCCAGUAAACAAGACAAUUGAUCAUUGCAAACACUUAGAACAUUUAAAGAGGAUAACAAAUACAAUUACUGAUGGAUCUUUUGUGGUAAAAAAAAAAAAAAAGACAAGAGAAUUGCAUGGACUGUUCUACAAGUUUUCCAGUUUGUAUCUGUUACUUUUUUCCCCCUAUGUUUGCAUGGGGAACUGAGCAAAGGGGUGUUUUCUUGCAGUAUUAACCUACCACAAAAAUUUAAUGAAAGGCGAGGAUGGACAAUGGCAUGGUGAGCUGCAGGGAGGUGUCUCUGUCCUGAUAGAUUCCUUCAGUGUAUUUUGCUGGCUGGCCUGCUGUAAAUGAAAUGUAGGUCAUAUAAAAGGAUAUUACUUCAAGUGAUCGUAGCUAAACAAAGGAAUGCCAUAAAUUUGUUUUGCACUUCUAUUAGCUACAGCGGCCUCAGAUGUGCAGUUUUGAAAGAAACAUAUGCUAGAGCAAACAUGCAUUUUCAUUUUAAAACAUGACAGCUGACACUACGCACUGUAAAAGCAAGUUCUUGGGUUUUGUGUCUUCCUCACAUGAAGUCUCUUACUGUUUCAAAUCCUAGGUCGUCUCACCUCUGCCUGGUAUUUGGAGUGGAAGCAUAGCUGAGAACUUGUCAGUCAAUAAGGGAAUCUGGUUGGUAAAAGGCAGCAAAGGGGUGGAGGCAUUUUACUCACCAGGUGAAUUGACCUUGGAAGUGCAACUCUAUCUGAAAGCAUGGCUUUUUUCCCACUUAUUGCAGAACCAAAUAUUAUGUUUUAAAUAUAAAUACCAGUUAACUUUAACAUGUGUUUCUUUCAAAAUGCCACCUCUGAAGCCUAUAUAACAAAUGAAAGUGCACAUCAGGUUUUUAAAUUACCAUAUUGAGGCCUAUUCAGUUUUAAGUCUUUUUUAAACUUGGAUUCAGGUUUUUUUUUAGUUAGGGGGCUGAUUCACAUUGGCGCAUGAGCAAGAGCUGCUGUACACAGUGAUGCCCACUACAGUAAAGACUCUUCAUACGCUGUGUUAACAUGGCUAACCAUUGAGCUUCACGCUCAUUUCAUGAUGCUGCUUUUAAAAAAAAAAAGUAAUCUUGCUUGCUGCAGAAAAGGGAAACCGUGCAGCAGAGCGUGAAUUUGGGUCGUCAGAGAUGUGUUUUCAGAAGAUGGAGACGCAAUUGAAAGGCUAGUUGUCCUUGCAAAUGUGACAGAAAGUCCAGUUGGCCAAUUAAAUAAAGGAGGACAGUAAAACUGACUGCCAUUCAGUACUGUAAGUACUGUACUAUACAUAUUUUAUUUUCCCAUUUGUAAUAUCAUUGGUUACUUCCUCUAAUGCAGGGCUUCUCAAACUCGGUCCUGGGGACCCCCAGUGGCUGCAGGUUUUC